GUUCUGGCUCCUGACUAUAUUUUUUCUUCUCUCUUCUCAAUAUGUUCAUUUGUUUGUCCCCCUUGUCAGAAUACACUUCGAGAAACUAUAUAGAAAAAUAGCAUAAACAGGACGUACUUAUAUAGCUGAAGAACUUGCUGAUAUUCUAAUGGACGCCCUCCUCUCCUCUAAAAUCACGUGGUUGUAACUUACAACUUCCGACACCGAUAUAUCUGAAUGCAUUCUCUGGUAGCGUCGGGCUAAAAGCUUUUACUUGCGCGGUGAAAUAGUUUGUGGUGACAAAAUUGCAACAAUUAGUUCAUAAGGAGUAAAUGCCUUUAGUCAUGAUUUGAGCAUAAGAGAUAGAUCUGUGAAUAUAUAUCGGAGUUUGAUCCGGAUGUGAGAGCAUGACAGUAAAAGAGGUGGUCUCCCUUAGCAAGGUGUCAGGAUGUAUCAACAGGUGUCGCCAGUCUCGCAACCUCGUUCUGGUCAUCGUCUUCAUCGCUCUCUUCCUGGACAACAUGCUCCUCUCUGUGGUCGUACCCAUCAUCCCAAAUUUCUUACGGAAGCUGGAGAACCCCUAUGAGUAUGUGAACCAGACAUUUAACCGUACCACGUUGAGCACGGCGUGUGUCUCACGGGAUGAGCCCGAGCAGUCAGAGUUCCAGAGACUGGUCAGGUCUUACAACAAGAGACUCAGCUACACAGAAAGUGACUGUACUAAUGUGACUGUUAACAUUACUGUCCCGGAUUACGACGAGAUUCAGAUAGAGACGAGGCGCCACGCGGAACUGGCCAACGAGAACGUGAAAGUGGGCCUGAUGUUUGCAUCCAAAGCCAUGAUACAGCUGAUAGCUAAUCCCUUUGUUGGUCACCUAACGAACAGGAUUGGUUACACGAUCCCGAUGUUUACCGGCUUCGUGGUCAUGUUUUUCUCUACUGUCAUAUUUGCCUUUGGUGAGAACUACUGGGUCCUAUUCCUGGCCAGAGCAGUGCAAGGCAUCGGGUCCUCAUGUUCCAGUGUAGCAGGAAUGGGCAUGCUGGCCAUGACGUACCCGGACGACAAAGAGAGGGGGAACGCCAUGGGGCUGGCUUUGGGGGGCCUGGCCAUGGGCGUCCUAGUUGGGCCGCCGUUUGGGGGCGUCAUGUACGAGUUUGCGGGGAAGGAAGCACCAUUCCUGAUCCUGUCCUCCUUGGCUCUGUUGGACGGAGUCCUACAGAUGUUCAUGCUACAGCCCUCGGUGAAGCCGGAGUCCCAGGUGGGUGCGCCGCUCACUGAACUCCUGAAGGACCCCUACAUCCUUAUAGCAGCAGGCUCCAUCACAUUCGCUAACAUGGGUAUAGCUAUGAUGGAACCAUCCCUGCCUAUCUGGAUGUACGAAACCAUGAACUCGCCAGAGUGGCAGCAAGGGGCCGCGUUCCUGCCCGCCAGUAUAUCGUACCUUAUAGGUACCAACACGUUUGGCCCCUUAGCGCACAAAAUAGGAAGAUGGCUUAGUUCUUUAAUUGGAAUGGUUGUUAUAGGAGUUUGUUUAUUUGCCAUUCCAUUCUCUAGAAAUAUAUAUCAUUUAAUAGCACCAAACUUUGGACUUGGUUUUGCUAUAGGAAUGGUGGACUCGUCCAUGAUGCCACACAUGGGUUACCUGGUGGACCUACGUCACGUGUCUGUCUACGGAAGUGUGUACGCCAUAGCUGACGUCGCCUUCUGUAUGGGGUUUGCCUUUGGUCCAGCGAUAAGCGGAACACUAGUGAAAGAAAUAGGAUUUAACUGGAUGUUAUGGAUAAUAGCGAUAAUUAACUUGCUGUACGCCCCGCUCCUAUACUUCAUCCGGAGUCCCCCCGGACGAGAGGAGAAGAUGUCCCUUAUCAUGAAUGAUCAAUGUCCAGUGCAGUAUGUCACGUACAACCAAACCGGCAAAAGUCUGCCUACUUCUGACGAUGAAGACCCGUAUGGGAACGACUACUAAUGACGUCAUAUCCGCACAUGUAGUGAGCUCGUAGUUCUAGAAUUAUAUUGUCAAAACAUCGUUUAUCUGGGCAGAGUUGGGAUCGGAAAUGAAAGGAACGGCCCUAUGUUGUCAGAUGCUUCCAAAGAAUAAACUUUAAUAUACAUAUAAAUAUAAUUAUGAAUAUGAAUUUAUAUACUGUAUACAUGUUUCAAUGAUAAUUAUGUUUAUGUCAAUAAGUAUAUAGUAUAUACACGAUGGUGUAUCUAGGCAAUAAAGAUUUCAAUGUUAUAA